CCACAUAUCAGCUCGGUAUCGCUACAUCGAUUACCCCAGGUGAGUGAUGGGCCCCAGUCCUUCCCUUCCCCGUCGACCGCCUCACUGCGGACGCCAAUGAUUUGUCCUGUUGCAAGGCUUCUGUCCAGUAGCAAAAUAACAAACCAGACACGACUUCCAUCGUCACUUGUUUGCCUCUUCUCCGCACUCCACCCUUUAUUUUGUGACCUGACGCCAACUUCCAUAGUUGAUAGCUCAACAACAAGCCCUCUCACAUUUCCACCUGCACGGCCGAACCUGCACCGCCGGCACCGGGAGCUUUGAGCUAUCGAUUACCAACACCUGCACCCCAUUGUUUGCGCGUACCGGUACGUUGGGCCCCCAUUCGAUCCCCUCCAUCUCGUAACCGCGUGCUUUGCCAGGAGGAGCGUCUGUCGCUUGUUGGCGGCAAUUCAACAACCCACACCGAACAUCACCAAGCUUACCGUACUGUUUGCCUUCUUCACGCCACCGUACUAAUUGCUGACCAGACCGUGGCUUUCUUUAUCCGUCGACUAUCCAACCACACUUACCUCGUUUCACCUUUUUGAGAUAGACAAUCAUAAUGGCAGGAGACGACACCAAGCCCGCUGCUGGGAACACAUCCCCUGUCGCGAGGGAGAAGCUUGAUGCCCAGAUCAAGAGCGCCGACAUGUCCGAAGAAUUACAACAGGAGGUCAUUGAAGUCGCCCAGGAGGCCAUGGCCAAGUACUCCGUUGAGAAGGAUAUCGCCCAGCACAUCAAGAGAACAUUUGAUGAAAGAAAGGGACCUACCUGGCACUGCAUCGUAGGCCGCCACUUUGGCAGCUUCGUGACCCACGAAACCAAGCACUUCAUCUACUUCUACCUCGGUCACUGCGCCAUCCUCCUCUUCAAGACCCAGUAGGGGCGCGGCCUCCUCCAUUUUCUCUCCAAGCUGUGAUUUUUCUCAAAAGGGGUGCUCGUCAUCGCCAUUAUCAUUUUAUAACACUCUUAACCCCUAUGCAAGAUACAAGACGAGAAUCAGACACAGCAAAGUCACCAACCGGCCAGCACGACAAAGGAAAGGCGCGAGGAAAAAUAAUCAUGUCAAUUUUUGAGCGUUAUUUUUACCGUAAAACAAAGAGAGGAAAAAGACUUGAGAUAAAUUCGGAGGAGGCAUUUUCAACAUCAGCGAUGACAUUGCACUUUUUGGGGCAAGGGGACGUGGGGGGAAGUGUAGAAUGUGAGGAGGAGGGGGAAGAGAGAAAUAACAAAGCAAUGUGGUAAAUUUGUACCAGGUACCGUACCGUAUGAGGGAGUAGUUUUGAGUUGAGGAGUUUGAAAUUUUAAUGAAUGAUAUGUGGUUUUUUCUUCUUUGCAAAUGAGUGGAUUGGCAGGAGGGUGACUUCACUUGACUUGAGAGGUUAUGCAUCAUCGUGGCACUUCAAGUUGUGGUUAGGGGAGCACAGCAAC